AUGUCUUCAAGCAAGAAUGAGUCUGUGAAGGGAAAGAUAGAGAGAAUUGUUGGUGGUGCUAGGGUUAUGGGUUUGCACACAAGUUCUUCCACUCAAUCCAAGAAGAACUCAAGAACUCCUUCCAAGAAGCACUACAAGUCUCGUGCAACCCCAAUGCAAAACCCUGAAGCCCCUGUGCCUGAGGAUGUUUCAAACACUUCUGUCUCUGCAAAUGAUGAAGACGAUGUCGCGACAUCUUCCCAUGGCUCCGAUGAGACAUUGUCUGAUAAGCCUGCCAAGGAAUUUUCACUCUCAAAGGAUUCUUCCUCUUCAUCCAAGAGUUCUGAUUCCAAGGCUGCAAACUCAACAGAUGUUUUGUCAGAGGAGUCGAUGAAGACCCCUCCCAUUGUUCAUGAUGUCUUUGAUGAUGAAGAUUCAGAGGAUGUGCCUCUGGCGAGUGUUACUGCCAGAAUGCUUAAACGAAGAAGAGCAUCUGUUGAAGAAACCCCUGCUGUCUAG